AUGGACUGCUUGGUUGCCCCUUGUCAGGACCAGAAAGGUCUCCUGCCAGAGACCAUUCCUGAAACAGGUGAAAUGGAGGGUCUGACACUCAAGGAGAACUUGGAGAAAGACCUGACGGAAGACACAGAAGAGCCAAGAACCGGUCAAUCUCAAGAGCCGGAGCAUCUGAAGGGUCCUGAGGGAGCAGUUUUGACUAACAGCAGAUACAGAAGAAGUUCUCUGAGGGGUCCAAGACGUUUCAAAAGGAAACGGGCCAACAGUCCCAGUUCCCAAGAAGUGCGUCAAGAAGCAGUCACAUCUUUGGACAAAGGAGAGUUCUCAGGACAACUUGAGUCCCAUUCCGUUGGUUCACCUAGCACGGUGGGACCCACCAGUCCUCCUGAGGGAAAAGAAACCCAGAGACGGGCACCCUGUGAAUGUAGUGUAUGCAAGAAGAGAUUUCCUUAUCAAUCUCAGCUUACCCUUCACCAGAGGACACACACAGGAGAGAGACCCUUUCGAUGCAACAUCUGUGCCAAAGGGUUCAUGCAGACGUCGGACCUGCGAGCCCACGAGCGGAUCCACACAGGCGAGAAGCCAUACUGCUGUGAUCUCUGCCCCAAGAAGUUCACCCACGACUCCACGCUGCGAGCUCACAGGAGGACCCACACCAAGGAGCAGCCUUUCUGCUGUGAGCACUGUGACAAAGCCUUCAGCCACAGAGGGAACCUCAACGUUCACCAACGCACCCACUCUGGGCUCAAACCCUAUGUGUGCCCCGAGUGUCACAGGGCCUUCCGUCAGCUGGGGACUUUCAAACGCCACCGGAAAACACAUGGCAAAUGA